CGUUCAGCCAUUAUUCCGCGAUGGUGACUGCGGAAGGCUCAAAGUGGGAUCAAACUUUCCGGAUUUACAAAGCUCACCUUUGCGCUCAGGUGUAACAGUAAAAGUCGUUUCUAUACCUCCUUCCUAUUUUAACCUCGAACCUCUCUCCUUGCUGUCCUUCAGUUCAGUGUAGUAUUACCUUAGAUUUUUAUUUUAGGCUCGUUUGCGUUCAGAUGACGGCGCAGGUAGACUACCUGGUGGUGGUUUUCACCACCACAUCUGGAGCAAGCGGAGAGCUGCUGGGUUCUGACGAGAAGGAGCUGGUCCAGUUGGUCUGGCAGCUUGUCAAUGUGAACAACAAAACGUUGGGCAGGGUGAAUGAGCUUCUCAUUAGGCCUGACCUCUCAGACUCCACGGGGGAAAAAACAGACGAAGAUGUGCUGGUUGAAUGCAAGGAGGACGAGACUGCCUCCGGAGCAGACUGCGUCUACACAGUGACAAGUCUUGACAGUGGUAUAAACAUGUUCAAUCUGCAGCUGACAAAUGAGGUGAACAGUGAGGGUGCGGGUACGUCUUUGUGUUUGUGUACAGACGGGCAGCUCCACAUCCGUCAAGUGAUUCACCCUGAGGCCGCCAACAAGAACAUCCUGGUCCCAGACUGUUUCUACUCCUUCUUCGACUUGCGGAAGGAGUUCAAGAGCCACUUCCCCUCCUCUGACCUCAAGGCUUUGAAUGCACACGUCAUGGCAGAACCUCUUAACAUACCUGUCGAUGUGCCCACCGUGUGGGAUCCCUCAGCCAAUCAGGAUCCGCUGGCGGUUCUGCCUCCGGAAGUAGCCGUGCAGCAGGUCCGGCUUAUGACCAGCAUUAUUCUCACUUUGCUCUCUGAGCCAUAUUGUCACAGCUUUUCUAACCCAGAGAAAGUUAAUGAGAGAUUUGAAAGUGGCACUUGUAGUAAGAGGGAGAAGGUGUGUGACAAUACAGUGAUCAGAGCCAGGGGGUUGCCAUGGCAGUCUUCUGACCAGGACAUGGCUCGAUUCUUCAAAGGCCUCAACAUUGCCAAAGGAGGGGCUGCUCUGUGUCUCAAUGCUCAGGGGAGGAGAAAUGGAGAAGCCCUUGUUCGUUUUGUCAGUGAAGAACACAGAGAUUUGGCUCUGCAGAGACACAAACACCACAUGGGAAGCAGAUACAUUGAGGUUUAUAAAGCAACAGGAGAAGACUUCCUGAAGAUAGCAGGAGGUACCUCAAACGAGGUGGCAAUGUUCCUGUCCCGUGAGGACCAAAUCAUAGUGAGGAUGCGAGGGCUUCCCUUCAACGCCACCCACGACGACGUGCUCAGAUUUUUCUCACCAGAGGACGGUUUGAAAGAGACUUGUCCCAUCAGUGGAGGGAAGGAAGGGAUCCUGUUUGUCCGCUACCCAGACGGCCGACCAACAGGAGACGCCUUCGUUUUGUUUGCCUGUGAGGAACACGCUCAGUGUGCUCUGAGGAAACACAAGGAACUCUUGGGGAAGAGAUACAUUGAGUUGUUUAAAAGCACGGCAGCAGAGGUGCAACAGGUGUUGAACCGGUACUCAUCUGCCCCCCUGAUCCCUGUGGCCCCAGCCCCCCUGGUGUCAGUGUUGCCCACGGUGUCUCUCCUGCCACCUCCUGGUGGUGUGAGGGACUGCCUCAGGCUGAGGGGGCUACCGUAUACGGCAAAUAUAGAGGACAUCCUCACCUUCUUGGGCGAGUUUACACAAGACAUCAGACAACAUGGCGUGCACAUGGUGCUAAACCAGCAGGGUCGUCCGUCGGGCGACUGCUUCAUCCAGCUGACAUCGGGGGAGCGGGCGGUCCAGGCCGCGCAGCGGCUCCACAAGCACGUGAUGUCCAGCGAGCGCGGGGUGAACAGCCGCUACGUGGAAGUGUUCCCUUGUAGCACUGACGAGAUGGGCCUGGUGCUGAUGGGAGGCUCGCUCUCUCACACACACACACACACCAGGAGCAGGAGUGGGACGGGGCUCAGCCCACCGCCAUGUAAGUCCAGACGUUUAUCUCCUCCAUCGUAUUCCUUCACUCCGGUUCAACCUAUCCUCCCUACGGAAGCUGCUGCAGCUGCUCUUUACCCUCCUAUCGGGCAGAUGUUGCUGGCUCCACGCCCCCUGCAUCCAGGGCAUCCUUACUACCCUGCAUCGGCUCAGUUAUACAUGAACUACAGUGCCUACUACCCCAGUCCACCUGGCUCACCUACAACUUUGGGUUUCUUCCCGGCCCAUUCCUCCAUGUCCUCCCCCGGAGGGUUGUUGCGAAUGCCAGGCCUGCCCUAUAACGGCAGCGGAGUUAAAGACCUCAUCAACACUGUGCAAGGAUACCAGUAUGAUCCAGAGGAUGCUCUCAUCCACGCUCAUGGGGCCGUGCACGCUCACGACCCAGCUAGGAUGUUGUUUACGCAGCCCAAAGAGUGGGGUCCUGUGGAGUCCGUUUCUCUGCUGAACAACAGUCUCAUGGGUCAGACCAGCGGAGGGGAAACUCCUCUUAUGACCCUUCCUCUCAUUACAAAGCCUGGGGGCCAGUACCUGGAUCUGACCCUGCUGUAGCAUCGCACAAAAACAAAAGGCAUGCGUAUGUGACAAAGAGUUGUUAGUUUGUGAUUUUUAAAUAGUCUUUUAGAAAUCUUAUUUAUAUUGUUAGGUACAAAAAUGUACGUAUUUUAUACCAAAUUUACAGCAGUUUAGCCAAAAAUAGCAUUUGUUUUUAUAUUGCACAUUAUCUGUAUGUUAAAAAGCUUUAUAGAGAUUUUUAACCUAAGUUAGUGUAAUCAUUUUAUUUGCCAAACUAGAGAAGUAUAAUCUAGUAGCACCUGAGCUCAAUCUUUUCUUCAAGCUUUUCUGUGAAGAGUGAAAGUGACUGUGUGAAAGAGAUGUGAAUGUGAAUAUUAUGCAUGAAUAUUGUAAAUGUUUAUAAGCAUAUUGAGACAGGUACACAGUGAUUGUAUUGGAAGCUGUAGUGCAUGAAGAAGUUCUGUAGUAAAAUGUAAGAUGUUUACAUAAUGCUAAAUACCAAUGCACUGCUAACAAGUAGAAAUUUAAAGAGAAAUAAAGAAGCAGUAUCUGCUGAUGGCAACAUUCGUUACAGUUUGUUCCGAUCCAGAAAGUAACAAAGGCACAAGAUUAAAUGACAGCGUCGGGAUUUUCAUAUAAUGUUUGAAGUGAAACCUGCAAAACAAUAUCAAAUGAACCUGGAUGUCUCUCUGUAUGCAGCAUUCAGAAGAUAGGUCACUGUGAUGUAUACAUUAUGUUCACAUCAAUAAAUGCAAGACACAUGUACAUAAAGGUACAUCUCAAUAAAUUAGAAUAUUAUUUAAAAGGUAAUUUAAAUCAGUAAUUUGGUUCAUUGUAUAUUAUAUAGAUUCAUAACACACAGACUGAUAUAUUUCAAUUGUUUAUUUCUGAUCAUUUUGAGUAUUAUGAUUUACAGAUAAUGGAAACCUGAAAUCUGGUUUCUCAGAAAUCUUCAGUUUUGCCAAAAAGCAAUAAGAAAACACAGAAAUAUUAUGUUGCGUUAUGAUCUACACAUGACAGUUUUCAAACUGUAAUUUAGACUUUCCAAAAGGCAGGUAAGCCACAAAAUAUCAUUGUUAAACAAGGUGGCAGAGUCUUGUAUCAAGGCAUCUUAAUGUAAUGCCGAGUGGAAGGAAAAACUGGUAGAAAGGGGUACACAACCAACAACUACAGCCUUAAAAAGAUUGUGAAACAAAACCAUUCAAGAGUUUGGGGCGGUAUUCAUAAGGUGUGUACUGUAGUUGGAGUCAGUGCUUCAAGAGCCACCACACACAGACGUAUCAAGGACAUGAGCUACAACUGUCAUAUUUGUGGUUUUUAAGCCACUCUUUUACCUGAUUUACCAGAAAGAUCUUACCUGGGCUAUAGAAAAAAAGGACAGGACUGUUCCACAGUGGUCUAAAUCCUCUUCUCAAAUGAAAGUUAAAGAAUUUGGCUAUUCACAGAGCGCUGUGUCCAAGCAUAAUAAAGGAAAGCUUAGUGGAAGAAAAAACUGUGCAAAACGCUGCACAAGCAACAGAAAAGUGCAGCCUUGAGAGAACUGAGAUGCAAACGAUGCCCGCUGCAUAUACUGUACAUGAACAUUGUUUUCAAAGCUGACAUUCUCAAUUUAAAACGUUUUUCAUAUUUGAUCUUACCCAAUAUGACGAUGGAUUUUGGGUUCUCAAUAAGCCCAUUAACAUCAAAUGAUCAGUAAAAGACGGUUGAAAUAUGUCACUCUUGUAUAUGAGUUUCACCAUUUGACUGAAAUUACCGAAAAACAUUUUUCCGAUGGUAUUCUGUUAUAUUGAGAGACACCUGUGUUAUUCUUGUACACUUUGACAGAGUGCAAUCUUCUGGAUAACACAUGCCAUCUUGUUUCUAAACACUGUAGCUAAACUAUGGUUGAUUUUGUUCAUAGAAAUCUGAUGCGCAUUGAAUCUUUAGUUUAUGCAACAAUAAUUCAGUCCCAAAACCAAACAUUAGUGACCUUAUCAAUAUUGCCUUAGUGACCUACAUACUGCAGUUGUUUUACCCACUACAUAUCCCCCUAUGAGGGAUCUCAACCAACAAUGUCUCUCCUCCUUCACUGCAUAGCAUUCCAUGGUUUUAUUUUUGUAGGUUAAGCCUUUGUUUAGCCUCUUGGUUUCUGCUCCUUCAAAACAAGAUUCUUGAUACCUUAAACCCCAAAGUUUGCAUUCCUCCAGAUAAUUGACUCAAAAUAAUGAAUCUCAGGAGUUCAUGGAGGUCCUUGUCCAAUUUCAUUACACCAUGAUCUUAUUAUCCAGUGUAUUUUGUCUUUAUUCCACCAUAUACUGUGACACUGUGGAAUAUGAUUGAACAAAGAGCAGAAAUCUGUUCACCAUUAUCUCUUUUAAGAUGGUCAUUUGUACAGUUUUUAGAAACAUUGCUAACUGAAGGACAUGUUUGACAUGUGUCUUAUACGUUUUGUCAUUUGUGCCAUGCAGAGUUGAUGUUCAGAAUCAAUGUUUCUGUUUAUGUGUCCAAAAGCAGGAUGUCCUGCUUCAGACAUGCUGAAAAAAACAAACAAUAAACAUAACAUGGUAAAUUU